AUGGUUUCAGAGGCCGGGGCUACGACAGGAGAGUGGACGUUAGUUUCUGGUCGGGCCAAAGCCGGCGCUCGCUCAAAUCGGCAGCAUCGUUCUCGGCCGGCUUCGCCCUCUCAGUUGGGGCAGCAAUCGGAUGAGCGAGUUCAGGGGUCUCCUCUAGGUAGAGCUGGCGGAUUCUGGGGUUGGUGCAGGCACGCAGCCAGUAACCGUUGGGGUACAGGACAGGCGCAGCUCUCGGGGGCUGGCCUCCAGUGCAGGCAUGGGCUCAGUGACUCAGAGCCGUCAGUAGUGGCCACAGGCGCUAAGGAUGGGUCUCUGUUGGCUAGCGCUAGUGCGCAGCCGGUUCUUGCUUGGCGCUCGAGGCCAGGCGCAGUGCGCGGGGGGCAGCCCCAGAGAAAGCCUGCUUCGCGCGACUCUGACCAGCCAAUUGUUGAGGUAGGCACCACUGAUGGGGCUUUGUUGCAUAAGGUCAAUGCUGGCUUGCUAGACCUUCAGCAGGCUGAAGGGUCUCAGGCGCAAGCUCCAGCGCUAACAGAGCGCCGCAAGAUAAAGAAGACGAAACGGAGUGCUAAGGGGGCCUGCCCUCUGCAGCGGCUGUAUGAUUGUCCUCAGUUGGAAUGUUAG